CCUGUGGUGCAGACGACAUCUGGAAAGACCCAUGGAAUCGUCGAGAACAAUGUUCAGCAGUUUCUGGGAAUCCCCUACGCUAGACCACCUAUCAACGAUCUCAGAUGGGAACCACCACAAACUCUGCCGCAUGAAGCUCGGAAGACGAUUGUCAAUGCAACUCAAUUUCCUCCCAGCUGUCCUCAGAACCCUAUCGGCCUACCCAUCUUCAACAAGGACGUUCCUCAAUUCCAAAUCGAGGGUUACAAUUCUACCAAUUCAACAAGCGAAGACUGUCUGACCCUCAACAUCUGGUCACCGACCACAAAGCCAUCAGGAAACUAUCCAGUGAUCAUUUUCUUAUACGGAGGACAUUUCACCACUGGAGGCAACAACGUACCUUACCAGAUACCUGCACAAUGGGUCGAAAGGACUCAGUCGCAUAUCGUUGUUUCUCCCAACUACCGUGUGAAUCUGUUUGGUUUCCCCAAUGCACCCGGUCUGAGCGAGCAGAAUGUGGGCCUGCUCGACCAACGUGCCGCGGUCGAGUGGGUCUCUAAGAACAUUGCAGCAUUCGGAGGUGAUCCAUCUAGAAUCACUCUCUGGGGUCAGUCGGCUGGCGCAGCCUCAGUCGAUUUCUACAACUUUGCAUACCACAAUGAUCCGAUCGUCAGCUCUCUCAUCAUGGAUUCUGGAAGCUCAUACACGCCCGCCAUCAUAGAAGAUUCGGCCCACUCUAACUUCACCUACAUGGCCUCACAGCUGGGCUGCGGUAAUGCGACGACGUCAGACAAAGAGAUGCUAUCCUGCAUGCGAAAGGUGGAUGUAUCUGUGCUGGAAAAAUUCCUAUCCGACCAUAGAUCCACUACUCCGUCAGUCGCCUUCUUGCCUGUGGCUGACGAGAAAGUCGCUUUCUCAAAUUACACUCAACGUGCCCUUGAUGGUUUCCAAGCAAGACUGCCUGCGAUCAUCGGUGGAAAUGCGCAAGAUGGAGUGCCUUUCGCCCCAUACAACGCUUCUGGAGUCAAUACUACGGUGUCUCUGUACCAAAACCUUGCCAACUUCUUCUGUCCGCAAACUCAAACCAUUGAGAACCGACAGCUUGCUGGUCUUCCGACAUAUCGUUACUACUAUCACGGCAACUUCAGUAACAUCAGCCCACGCGGCUGGGAAGGUGCUUAUCACUGCGCAGAGCUGCCUUUGAUCAUGGGAACCUUCAACAACUAUCGUGGUGUAAGCUCAGGAUUUGAGAAUGCGACUAGCAUAGCAAUGCAGGAUGCUUAUCUAGCCUUUGCAACCCAUGGUACGAAGGGCCUUGCUAAGGAGAACUGGCAGCCAUACCUGAAGUUGGGUCAGGCAACUGUCAGAGCAUUUGGAGAUGGAACCCCGGCCAUGAACAGCGAUCUUACAUAUCUGGAAGCGUUGUGCGAUGGGUAUCAUCCUGCCUUCUCCCUCUAA